AUGUUAUCAAAUGGUACGAUAAAACAAGCUGCAUGUGAAUGUCCAGCAGGUAAAGGUAUCAAUGCACUUGGUAAGUGUAAUCAUGUUACGGCACUGCUAUUUGCAUUGGAAGACUUUUGCCGUAAAGGAUUACAUGAAAACGAAGACCCAGUUUCAUGUACAAGUACCCUAUGCCAGUGGACUAAGCCAACAACCCUGCAGACUACAAGUGCCCCACUACAUGAUUUGACAAUAAGAAAAUACCAAUACAGUCAAGACCAUAACAAGAAACCAUCCAUCAAUCUAUAUGACGCCAGAGCACCACACCAAAGACACACUGAUGGUGAAAAUAGUGCUCUGCCAUUCAGUGACGAGUAUAACAUUAACACUUCACACUUUCAUGAAAUUGUUAAGUUUGUGGCAUCAAGGAAUGCAAAAUCUUUGUCAGAAGACAAUAUUAAAGCAAUAGAAAAACAAACACGUGGUCAAGCAGGAAACAUCGCCUGGCAGAAUAUCAGACGGAUGAAAAUGACUGCGUCAAAUUUUGGAAAAUUUGUCAAAAGAAGAUGUGAGCCUGACAAGCUUCUGCAUUCACUAUUGUACAGACCAAGCUUUUCAACAUAUGCAACUGAAUAUGGUCGAAAGCAUGAGGCAGAUGGUGUUAAUGCGUACCUCUCAUACAAGCAUGAAAAUGGUAGUCCUGAAUUACAAGUGCAAGAGGUAGGAUUCACAAUUUGUAGACACAAUACAGAUUAUGGGGCAAGUCUGGACAGGAUGGUUACAGAUCCAACUGAGGAUGUCCACACUGUAGGAGGCCUGGAAGGCUUUCCUUCCAGAAAUAUUAACCAGUCGAGUGAAAGAGGGAUAAAAACUAUAUCGCCAUGGGGUGAUUGUUUUAUUCCACCCAGUAAAUUCUUUGCUGCCUUGAAUCAAUUCUGUAAUAAUAUAUACAACGCGAUUGUAACUAUCCCUCCUUACAUCAUGUCAAAGUACACUCAACGUGAACAAUUUUUCGCUAUUUUGGCGUUUUCAGUAGCUAUUAUAUGGACAAUGCUUAUCAGCGGAUUGGCAUACCCCAAUAUCUCAACGUUCGAAUAUAGGAAUCCAUGGAUUCAACGUGGUAUGGUCUGGAUAAAAACGUCGUUAGGACAGUAUGUAUUAACAGAUUUGGCGCCAAGAGUGAUAGAAAGGGAUAAUACGGAAUUAUAUUCAGAUUCGACUGCAAGUAAGAGGACUGCCAAUGAAACCAAGAUCAAAGUGGUCGAUGUGGACAAUAUAAAUGGACUUGAACGUUCUUCACUGCGGCACUUUGGAAAGUCUAAUUGGACGAAUGUUAACAACUCCAGCGUACUGCAUAAUAUGACGUAUAUCAUUCCAAUUUAUAAGUUAGGACCAGGUCCGAGUACUGCAUACAAAAAGAUUAGAUGGACAGUUGCACUAGCUUUAUAUUAUGGUAUGGGUACGGUGGCGAUAUCUGUUCAGGACCACAGAACGCAAUCAAAAAUGUAUGAAUCUUCUCGAAUGAAAUUUGAAAAAACCUACGAUCUGGAACGUCUACGGCAAAUUAUACCAGUGAUCUCUCCAACAGCAGUGGAGCGUCUAUGUAGAGACAGAUUAUACCCGGACGUUAUCAGAGUGGCAAAUAAGGAUAAUAAGAAGUACCUUGACUUUGACGUUGUGAAGAAGUAUCCAUUAAUUAGAUAUCUUGAUGAUAAUCUACCUGCCUACAACAAUUUACUGAACAUAUCCGUACCCAAACAAUCGAUCCACAUACAAAAUAUUGAUUUAAAAUCGAUUUCGGAAUCACGACAUUGCAUCCGUGUUGUCCCAUAUGAAAUUGACAUUCAUAGAAAAAAAAAGAAGGAAGUUAAUGACGUACUUGAUCGCUACCUCAUCAGAGCCAAGUACAUCCGGGAUAUCGCAGAGACGGCAAUCAGUAGCAUAUGCAAUGGAACAUUUGCAGUGAUGCAUUGGAGGAAUAAGACCGGAGAAAAAUGUGGGUUGUUUGACAUAUGCACUCGAAGACAGAAGUUGCACUUGCCUAACUUGGUAGAGGGUGUUGUACCUUUGAUAGUUACUGGAGUGUUUAAUAUUACUACAAAUGCUCAUCUUAACUGUCUUUACAUCGCAAAACCAAACUACGAACAGUCCAUUGUCGCACAUUUUAAGAAAACAUCGCUUCGAAUCUUUACCAUGGAUGACUUGCUUGAAAGAGUUCCGGAAAUCAAGAAAUAUUCCCAUAAUUAUUAUGCAUUAUCUCUUGUAGAACAGGAAAUUUCUGAAC